AUGAGCAAAGAAAUUACUGAUACUACUGAUUUUGCUAAUACAAAGUUACCAGAUUUUGCCCAACUAGAUUUCCUCUUAAGAUGCCAUAUUUGUAAAGAUUUCUUAAAGACACCAGUAUUAACUCCCUGUGGUCAUACGUUUUGUUCCGUUUGUAUCCGCGAAUAUUUACAAUCUAAUAGCAAAUGUCCAUUAUGCUUACUCGAAUUAAGAGAAUCCAUGUUAAGAAGCGAAUUUUUAGUGAAUGGGAUUGUUCAAACUUACCAGUCUUUAAGACCAUCGUUAAUUGAUAUACUUGACUCCACAAGAUCAAGUAACGACACCUCUAUAAUAGAAUUGGGAUCUGAUUCUGAAGGGGACUCUUAUGUAAAAGAACCAAUAGACAUAACAGGUGAGUAUGAUGAUGAUUUACAAAUAGUUGGCGCAUCAAAUAAACGCACAUCUUUAAGAUCAAAAUCAGCCAUUUACCCAUCUUCGACACCGAAAACGAUGAAUCGUAUUGGAAAAUCAUCAUCAAGUAUCCAGUCCAUGUUCAAACCCACUACCAAGAACAAAAAUCUGAAAGAGAAACAAGCACAAUGCCCUGUUUGUGAGGGUUUUUUCCCCAUCCAAGUCUUAGAAAGAGUACAUUUAGACGAAUGUUUGACAUUACAGUCAUUAGGUAAGAAACGUAAGGGAACAACAUCAUCCUUAAAUGACCAAACUGUAUCCAACUCAUUGCGAACAUCACGUAUGAACGCAAAUACGAGUAAACGAUCGCAAGAACGGAGAUUAGUAACACCUACUCCACCACCACCAUUACCACCAGCAAUAUCGUAUGCUGAACAAUAUUUAAAUUCAGGAAGAGGUACAGAUUCUGAGCAACGAUUGCCAAAACUAGAUUUUUCCAAUAUGACAACAACCAAAAUCAAACAAAAAUUAAGUUCAUUAGGAUUAUCCACCACAGGAACGAAACAAAAUAUGAUUGCACGCUAUAACCAUUAUGAAAUUCUUUGGAAUAGUAAUUUUUGUGAUUCUUUAAACCCUGUAGAUGAAAGUGAACUGAGGCGCCAAUUGAUUAGUUGGGAUGCUGCUCACAAUGUACCGGCUUCAUCCAGUAACGGUAAUAAUGGAGGCGGUAUAAUAUCAAAAAUGAUGGUAAACCGAAAUGGAAACAGCAAGGAGAACCACUAUAAGAAACUAUUGGCUGAUUUCAAAAAUGAUAAAUUUGAAAGGAAGACUUGGAUUAGAUUGUAUAAACAAGAAUUUAAACUACUGAUAAAGGAAGCUAAAGAAAAAAUGAUCAAGAAAGAUGCGAAAAAAAUGACAGCAGAAAAGGAGGCGGCACUCACCACAGACUUAUCUGUUGUUAAUGAUCUGGGUGAUAAUUUAUCAGAUCCUGAUCUUUCAAAGGAACUCAACGUGCAACAUACACCUGUACAAGAAUCUACAACUGAAGAAAACGGAUAG